UUUCCGUUCGCAGAUCCAGCAGGGACAACACUUGUACUCGCGUCUCCUGUCUUCUUCAUCCAAAGCCACCUACCUACAUCUCUCUGUGUGUGUCCAGGAUUGGAAAACAAUGUGCAUCGAGGACGGCCCUGUCUAUUAAUACCCUUUAGUGGAGACGAAGGGCGCGUGCGUGCUCUUACCCGACUGCCGCUCACCAGCACCACGAUCCAUGCGUUUCCUCAGUUCAGUCCUGUAGCUUAGGUCGCAAGCUUCGAGCAACUCCAGUGCUUCAAACGCGCCGCCGGUACUCGUACUUACACCCUUCAGUAGUACUCAACAAAAAGUUUAAGUGACAUCAAACAAACGCACGUAAAUUUAAUAAAAAAAAAAAAUAAACGCUUCGACCAUCAUCAAAUAUAUGCAAAACCGGACAAGGUGAGUGUGACUAUGCAAUGAAGUGCAUGAGUUCGAGUCAAUCAGGUGUAAAAGAGUGCAAGAAUACUUUGGAAACUAUACAUAAUUUAUUGGAAUCCAAUCAAUGUGGAUUUGCGGAAAGGUUCGAUUACAACUGAAGAAUAGAUAAGAGAUUGCAGUGGUUCUGGAGAGGUUACAUUAUAUCAAUAUAAUACCCAGGAGCGUGCGAGGAAUGCCAUCGACCCAACACGAUAUGCUCUCUCUAUUCCUUGAAACAUUUAACAUCCCCCGAUGAAAGCAUCCUCUUACAUAAUUUGGUGGCUGCAUCGUUGUCCAAUAAUCUUUGACGCUUCAGCUUGGAUAGUCUGCAAUUCCACAAAGAAUCAAAGGAUUUCAAUAGAAUCGUAAUCCAAUUAUAAUUGAAUUGGAGUGGAUCAACACACUCGACAGAUACAGACGUUCAUCAGAGGAGGAAUGAUGUGGGAUGAUAGAAGAUAGUGGAGCUGACCGAUUGGAGUUUCGAUGAUCGAUGCGAGGAAGUGCUUGAAGGGACUCGAAGGAAUCGUCCGAUAAUAUUUAAAAAGAAACUGUAUAAAAAAAGGCAGGAUCCAAAGCAUUAUCAUGAACAGUUGACGUUAUCUGUGAUAAGACGAUUAAUAUUUGAAAUAUGAUAAGAGGUGGCGAAUAGAAAGUGAUAAUAUUAAUAAUAAUAAUAAAUACAAGAGAAGGAAACCGCGUACAGUGGGUGUUUGAAAUCAGUGAGGAUGGGUGUGUUAACGAGGCGGCGUUCCUUCCUGAUCAAACUGGUGAUCAUCAUUUCGACUGCUUGGUUCACGAUCGCAUUCCUGCUGUAUUCGGAGAACCAGGGCGAGGCGCCUAUAGUGGUGCAUCCAGAACAGCAGCAGCUGGUGCAACAGAGGCAGGAGGAUGCGGGUAACGAGCAGCAACCGGAAAGGGUCGUGCCCUUCAAGGAGCAGCAGGCUGUGAAGGAGGACACUGGUGGUGGAGUCCUGAUGCCGCCGCAGAGCGUAUCUGGGGCUGGGGAGAUGGGAAAGCCCGUCGUGCUGCCCACCAAUUUGACAGCUGAUGUUAAGAAGAUGGUUGACGACGGAUGGCUGAAGAACGCGUUCAAUCAAUACGCCAGCGAUAUGAUUAGCGUGCACCGAAGUCUUCCGGAUCCUCGGGACGAUUGGUGCAAAGCGUCGGAUAGAUACUUGAAGGAUCUUCCCAGGACUUCGGUGAUCAUCUGCUUCCACAACGAGGCAUGGUCCGUGCUCCUUCGGACGGUGCACUCCGUGCUCGAUCGAUCGCCGAGACAUCUAAUCGAAGAAGUCGUCCUGGUGGACGAUUACUCGGACAUGGAUCACCUCAAGGAUCAGCUGGAGAAGUACUUUUCGAACGAGCCGAAAGUGAAGAUCAUCAGAGCGCAGAAGAGGGAAGGUCUCAUCCGGGCCAGACUCAUGGGGGCGCGCCACGCGACCGGCAAAGUUUUAACCUACUUGGAUUCCCAUUGCGAGUGCACGGACGGAUGGUUGGAACCGCUUUUGGAUAGGAUUGCGAGGGAUCCGACGACGGUGGUCUGUCCGGUCAUCGAUGUCAUCGAUGAUACCACCUUGGAGUAUCACUAUCGAGAUUCGGGCGGCGUCAACGUUGGAGGAUUCGACUGGAAUCUUCAAUUCAAUUGGCACGCAGUUCCUCCCAAGGAGAAGCAGAGGCAUAAGAAUUCCGCGGAACCUGUGUGGAGUCCAACAAUGGCCGGAGGACUUUUCAGCAUUGACAAAGAAUUUUUCGAUCGUCUGGGAACGUACGACAGCGGCUUCGAUAUUUGGGGUGGAGAAAAUCUGGAGCUGUCCUUCAAGACGUGGAUGUGCGGUGGAACUCUGGAGAUCGUUCCAUGUUCUCAUGUGGGUCACAUCUUCAGGAAGAGGUCUCCUUACAAAUGGAGGACGGGCGUGAACGUCCUCCGCAGGAAUUCCGUGAGGUUGAGCGAGGUGUGGCUGGACGAGUACGCAAAGUAUUACUACCAGAGGAUCGGCAACGAUAAGGGUGACUUUGGGGACGUGUCCGGUCGCAAGUCUCUCCGCAAACGGCUCGGCUGCAAAAGUUUCAAAUGGUACUUGGAGAACAUUUAUCCGGAGCUCUUCAUACCCGGCGAGGCCGUCGCUAAUGGAGAAAUACGGAAUUUGGGUUAUGGUGGCAAGACAUGCCUGGAUUCUCCUGCUCGGAAGAAUGAUCUUCACAAGGCUGCAGGGCUGUACCCGUGCCAUCGGCAGGGUGGAAAUCAGUAUUGGAUGCUGAGCAAAUUGGGCGAAAUCAGGAGGGACGAGGCGUGUUUGGAUUACAGCGGACAGGAGGUGAUCCUUUAUCCUUGCCACGGCUCGAAGGGCAAUCAGUAUUGGGAGUAUGAUCAGGACACGAAGCUGCUGAGACACGGAAGCAGCGACAAGUGUCUGGCGAUCGACGAGGCCAAGACGAAGUUGGUCAUGGAGAGCUGCGAUGCAGAUUACGUGCGUCAGAAAUGGACGUUGGAGAACUUCGACGCGAAGAAGUUGCAGUGAAAACGAGGAAAUUAAAUAAGUACGAGUAAAGCAAACGAAAAAUAAAAAGAGUAUGAAUUGAAGUGCGUGCGUUAAGUGAGUGUAUGCCCUCAAAUCGAAUCGACAUUCCAGUUUUGUUGUAAUUUAUUUUUUUGAUAAGUUACGAAGAAGGACAUAAACAUAUCCAAGUUGCAUAUCUGACAAGUGUACAUAUUUAAUGUUUAGAACCAAGAGAUAUAUACACGCAUAUAUAUAUAUACAUAUACACAUAUAUAUUAUAUGAUGAUAUCAGUGGGAAGUGUUUUUAUUUUUAAUUAUUACUUAUUUUUAAAAAUUAAUAUGAUUUAUUAACGUUCGUUGUGAUUUCUACAUUCCUAAUAUAUAAAAAAAAAUAUUGCUCAAACGUGGCUCUGAUCCUGUUCACUUUGCGAGAUCAAUUCUAGUCCGAGGACUCUGAAUUACAAUUUUUGUUAAUUGCCAUAUUAAGUUUGUUUUUCUUCUUUUAAUUAUGUACAGCGAAAUUAAAUGAGAAAAAAGAUAGAAAAAAAAAAUUAUAAAUAUAUAUAUAUCUAUGUAAGGACUUCUAUGUGAUGCUACGGUACUUAAGUUCAUAUCUAUUAUUAUCAUCAUUAUAUUCCAUAUCAACUUACAUGAUGUUUCUUUGAUAUAUCCAAUAUAAAUAUAUAUUCCAGUCAAUUUAAAAGAAAAAAAAAUAAUAAAAAAAAAUACGCAAAUUUAUAUAUAAUUAUUGUAUAAAAUAAAAACACACACAAAAAAAAAAAAUAAUAAAAGGAACGCCUCUAUUCGGCUCGGACCCCGAUUGCAACUUCUUUCCACACCCCCAAAAGCAUUCCGUUUCGAAAAGUUGGUGUACGUUUGGUUGCGCUUCUGCGAGUUGGUCCGAGCUCAAUAGUGGCUUAGAUUUAAAAAA